CUAAGACCGGAAUCUAGAUCACGAACCGUGUGUGAACAUGCUACUCACAGACUCUUUGUUCUUAUAUGUGCCUCUCUCACUUCCCUAUUUGUCUCUCACUUGAAACUCAUAACAAUAUUCACAAAUGGAUAGAAAUUGUUUUAGCCUUACCAAGAAGAGUUCAGCACUAUGUUUAACUCACUGGAACCCCAUCAAACGUAAGCCAGAACAUCCUUGUGUGGUUGCAAUGCUCAGAACACCCUCAGACAACAUCACAGGAGAAACAAGAAAAACUAAUGCCUACAAAGAUAACUUGUUUGAUCGUUUAGCAAUACACCAUCUUUCAAAAAGCGUUCAAGAAGCCACGGGACUCGGUAACAAUAAGAGUGGGUAUGAGAGCUUGGUUGAGGCAGCUACUGUGGCUAAAAUGAAAUUUGAUCCUAUUCAGCAGCAAGAGGUUAUCAUUCAAGCUCUUCACAGAGCCUUCCCAAAGCCAAUACUUUCAUUGAUAAAGACACUGCUACCACCAUCUAAACUCUCAAGGGAAUAUUUUGCCGUUUUCACCACUUUGUUCUUUGCUUGGUUAGUCGGGCCUUCCGAGGUGAGAGAAUCAGAGGUCAACGGGAGAAGGGAAAAAAAUGUAGUCUACGUCACAAAAUGCAGGUUUUUAGAGGAGACAAAUUGUGUAGGGAUGUGUAUUAAUCUCUGCAAAAUGCCAUCUCAAUCGUUUAUAAAGGACACUCUGGGGAUGCCAGUCAACAUGGUGCCCAAUUUUGACGACAUGAGUUGUGAGAUGAUAUUUGGACAGGAGCCUCCAGCAUCAACCGAUGAUCCAGCACUGAAGCAACCAUGCUAUAAACUAUGCAAGGCAUAUAAAAAGCAUGGAACAGACUGCCUCAGUAGUUAAUGCAGAGGGCUUUCAGGUGAGCAUGGAUGGGAAAAGAGUGUCUCCCACAUUGUGUAUGCUGCCAAAACUCAGACUCAUCAGCCAUAGUUUCUCUCAUUAUGAAAACAAACCAAGUGCUCCAACGCACUUUGAACCAAUCAUUUGCAAGUGGAUUUCCAUCAUUUUAUUACUUUGAAACUUCUUUCUUUUACGUUUUCAAAGUAUAUAAAAGCAGACGUACGUGGCCAGCAGGCCCAAGGUUUAUUUAUUUGUAUGAUAGCAAGCCAACCUCUUCAAUGUUUUUUGUACUUUCCUCUUAGAGCAAAACUUUGGAGUAUUGCAAAUAAUUUUUUUGUUUUAAA